AUUUUGAGGCAGGGGAUUGCUUAAGUGUGAGUCAGUACUUCAGGAGCGAGGUUUCCCAAAGGCUGUUUACAUAGACUGAUGAUUGUUUCAAGAUAGCAAGUGGCGCUGGCACUGCCUUAGCAUAACAUUCUUCACUUGUGCGAGACUGAACGAGGAAGUGCUGCAAACCCGCAAAGCGAGUAGCAACGCGCUUCAGCUUGUCUGCAAGGCAUUAAAGUAAAAUCGAAAGAAACUUGCUCAGAAAAAAAAAAGUGUUUUGCAAAAUAAGGAAGACACCCCAUGUAAACCGCGUCGUCGCUAUGCUCCACACAUACGGCGAUACAAGUGGAGAUCCCACUACGCAGCGAGAUAGCAAUCAAGAAAUACUCUCAGGGACAGCCGUCAGCUCUCGCAGAAGCAGCAAGUCAAGACAGCGUAGUUUCGCCAAUUCAGUGACAGAAAAUGCUGGAUUGAAGUCUGGAAAGCGGACGGAAUUCAUAUGCCAUGAAAUAACCGGAGUUAGCGUGGUGGAGCUCAGAUCAUUGUUCGAGGAGCCCCGCAAAAGUGACAGCAACCUUCGCCGCCCUCACCAAGCCAACCCAGGCAAACACAUGCCCAAAGAACGGCGAAGGUCUACCAGGGAGCUCAGCCAAACGAGUGGGCAUGGGAGCAGCGGGACUGGCUCUCUGAAGGAGAGGAGAGCCAGCCGCAAGGUGCCGGAAGGCUGCAACGGGGGCUCGCCGGUGGGUGAGCUCGGCAGCGUCGCGGCGGGCAAGGCCAGGGGCAGCUCACCUGCUGGAUGGAACGGGCUGAAUAACCACCGCGUGCCCCAGGUGACGAUCACCCCCGAGGGCGGCGGGUGCCCCCGAGAGAUGCAGGAGGAAGACUGGGGCGAUGUUAAUGGGCCUCUGCGCCGAAAGCUGUCGAACUCCUCGCUUUCUUCAACCGGGUCCUCGGUCUUUGAAGAAUCCGAAGAUGACAUUCUUAGUGACAACGAGACCAAGAGUAAAGGCAUUGUUACUUUGGAACCAGUGGAAGACACCGGCAUAAACAGACCCUGGUCGAAGAUCAAGACCCUCGUUCAGUGGCCCUUUGCAGCUUCACAACGCAAACGCCUCUCCUGGGUGCAGUUAGCAGGACACAAAGGUAGCUUCAAGGCUGGCAAUGAGGGCACAAUCCUGAAGAAGUUCUCGGAGAAUGAGAAGCUGUGCUUUGAACAGCUGGUGGGCGACGUGCUGUAUCCCUAUGUGCCGGCCUAUCACGGGGUGGUGGAGAGGGAUGGGGACACAUACCUGCAACUAACUGACCUCCUGGGGGACUUUGAUGGGCCUUGUGUCAUGGACUGCAAAAUGGGCAUAAGGACGUACUUGGAAGAUGAGUUGGUACGUGCCAGGGAGCGACCAAAACUACGUAAGGACAUGUACAAGAAAAUGCUGGAGGUGGACAGCGAGGCUCCUACCCCUGAAGAGCGUGAGCAGCAGGCCAUCACCAAGCCACGCUACAUGCAGUGGAGGGAAACUCUGAGCUCAACGCACACACUGGGCUUCCGGAUCGAGGGCAUCAAGAAAGCAGAUGGGACUUGUAACACAGACUUCAAGAAAACUCGAUUAAAGGAAGAUGUGAGCCAAGUCUUCAUUGAUUUUGUGGAAGGAAACAAAAACAUCAUUAGCUCCUACCUGAAGAAACUGGAAGAGAUUCGGCGAGUCUUGGAAUCAUCAGAAUUCUUCAAAAAACACGAGGUGAUUGGGAGCUCGCUGCUCUUCAUCCAUGACCGCAACGAGAAGGCCAACGUGUGGCUCAUCGAUUUCGGGAAGACCACCCCUCUCCCGGAAGGGCAGACGCUGACCCACCGGCUGCCGUGGCAGGAGGGAAACCGCGAGGACGGCUACCUGUGGGGGCUGGACAACCUGCUGCAGCUGCUGGCCGACAUCCCACUGCAGUGAUGCCUGGCGGCAGCUGGGACUCGGGUCGACACUUUCUCUGCUGCUCCUGUGCAUGAACGCCUUCAUUUCGUUCAGCGUUUAAAAAGGCCGAAUUGGCUCCUGCAGUCUGAGGAUUGGUCUUGAAGGACAGACAUCUUGCACAUUUCAGUAAAUGGUACUCCAUUUCUGAAAGGCGGUAAUUGCGAGCCCUGGUAACUGACCAUGGAGACUGUCCCUCACUCUGCACUGUACUUACCUCUUCACAUGCAAACUGAUGGUACUACAAAUUCCUCAUUUUUAGAUCCAACACUGUGGUUCUAAGUCUAGAAUUCCUAAUGGUUUGUUGGUAGAACCUAAACCUCUUGGACUUUACCAUUACUUUGGCGGAAUGAGAUGCCACGUCAGGAAUGUAGCUAUUGAGUCAGUCGCAGCUCUACAGUACACUUGUUCAUAAUCUGUACACAAAAGGUGCCCAACUCAAGCCUUUGGGGGCCACAUUCAUGCAGGUUUUGGGGUAUCAAAUCGGAAGCUCCAGAAUAAGAGUUGAUAUGCUCCAAUAUUUUGGACAUUGGGCUUGUUAAGAGCUGAUUUGAAAUAAAAAAGGGAAUAGCCAUCCUCCGCAGACUGGAGUUGGACACCCCUGCUACACACCUUUUAAGAGGACUGUGUAUCAGAAACGGGCCUGAGAACAUUGUACAUAAAGAACCAUCAAAAGAAAAAAAAAUUGAAAUGAAAGAUACAGUAGUUUUUAUUGGGUCUUAUUUGAUUUAGGGUGUUAAAGGACUAACACAGGACUCCUUAACACUCUACUGGUGAUCUUCAGCACUCUUUUACACUGUCUUAUUUCUCCCAGAUCUCCAGUGAGUGUUGCAGAGAGAUGCCUGGUCUAACUGAUCUCUCCUGAAGUCCUUCUCUUCAUUCUUACAGACAGUGAGUCAGUUUCCACUUUCCGACACAAUUCUCUUAAUAUUACAUUGAGGUCCCUUUGAAAACCUCAUUUACUACCAAAUAUCUGUAGCUUUUAAAGACACAUUGUAAAUUUGUUUAAAAAAAAACUGAGAAAGUUUGCGAGUCUUUGAAAAUUUACUUAUCCUUGUAUACCAGGGAUUUCCAGUCCAAAGCAUUAUCUUUUCAACACCAGUGAGGGAGGACUGCUGGAUCUUCAGAAGCAAUGUUAGAUACAAUAUGUAGUCAACAUACAGGUUAAGAAAUACCCUAUUAAAUCACUUAUUAAACCUAAAUAAUUACAGACAACAAAACAAACAACUGUAUCAUUCAUGACAUGGUGCAGCACCCUUUUCAUCAUACUAGCACACUAAAGCCUUAUUUCUAUCUAGAAUAACUACUGUAUGUAAUUUUGUAUCAGGUCAGUGGCCGUUUCAGCUUAAAGGCAGUAACCAGUCAGUCAGUCAUUUUGUUUGGUAUCAGGUUUCCUAUAGCAUUUAACAAUAUAAUAACUUUAGACCGCUGGGCAUGGAGAAGAGGACAAAACUCCCAUUGGGAGAAAAGAAACCUCUGGUGUACCCCACCUCCAGACAGUAGGUUUGUGAUACAUUAAUUAUGAUGGAUAGUCAGCAUUUUCUGCAAUGUCUAGGGCUGAUGUCCUGUCCUCUUGGGCCUGUUGUUAUGGUUAUCCAAGUAGAAACAGCCCAUCAAUCAGUUCAUAGAUAUUAAGUGAUCCGAAUGGUCAAUCUGUUGGAAUCCAAACCUCAAAAGCAGACAGCAGGACAAAGGGUGUGAAGGCUGGUUUCACAGACUCAAAUUAGUUCUAAUCAUGCAGUGUCUUGCAUUGUUUGAAUGUUUCCAGGAAUAGUUCUAAUUAUUUUCUGCAAAGCCAGUGGUAUGAUGCAUAACAUUUAGACAUUUUUGUCAAUUACUUAUAAAAAAAAUCAUACCUUGUGCUGUGAAAAUCUUAAAUGUGAAAACAUUCUACCUGUGUGACCACAUUCCACAUCAUCACCAGGUACUUUAUAAUAUGAAUAAGAUGUAGUUGUAUGCUUUGCUUUAUUACAUUAAAAACACAUUUAUAAACAAAAAAAAACUUUGAUAAUGUUUACAAAACAGAACACUAACCUGUACAUUUGACCAUCAAACUAAUCAUACGGCCUCCAAAAACCAAAGACUUAUUUUGGGUUAAUUCAUUUUGUACUUUUUACUAAUGUCAUUUGCUUAGUUGUUAUAAAAAAGCAGGUAAUAUGAAAAAAUAAAUGUCAGAUAUGUUUAUUUUGAGUGGCUGUGGAAGGUUCAAACGUUACCAUAGAAUCCCAUCUUUUUAUUCUGUGAUUAAUGUGCAAUUUCUUUUCACACCAAUUAUUCAUCUCUCUGGCAAGCAGGUUGGUUUUCAUUUAGGCAACAGCACAAGACAUCUGAGAAGAGCUGUAGUUCCAAAAAAAGCACAAGUUAAUCAUAUAUAAUCAUACAUACAUAACUUGCAUUUAUUGGUUUGCUUUACAAAACUGAUUUUUUUGUACAAUAUAUACUACCUGUACUUGCUAUAUAGUACUUUAAAGGACAUUAUGUAUUCCUAGUCACUGGGUGUGGUUGACAAAACCUGUUACUUGGAAGUAUUAGUAACCUUUAUUGUACCAAAAAUAUGUCUUUUCACAUUCACUAAUUUGAAUCUUAUCACUCAAUAGAUAUAAAGAAUUACAAAUUAUAAGAGCUAGGACAGGAUAUAUAUAUAUAUUUUCAAGUAUAUAAAAUACAUUUUGGGAUAUAUAAACAGAUAUGUAUACAGUAUUUACAUAAAAAGUAUUUUUGGUCUUAAACCUUUAUAAUGCAGUUUUAUUUUUUUAUGUGAAAGAGUAGCGUUCAUUUCUCAUUCCCUACCAAUUCAUACAAGCGGUUUUUAGUGGAAAAGUUAUUCGAUGUGAAAAAUUAAAUCCCGUGCAGAGCAUAAAAUCAGGCAGAGCACAUAUACAAUAUUCAGUAAGGAAGGUGGAAUUUAUGAGAAUCCGUACAAGAAAAAGCAUUGACAUUUCACAAUAAUAGUGAAGUGGAAUUCUCCGUUUUUUUUUUGUUUAAUGUCUACGGACGUUGCAGAUUAUUUUUGUGGUCCCAUAACCCAAUUAGAGAAACUAAAAAAAUGUUUAAUCCUCAAGGCGGUUGUGUCAAUUUCACCCAGUGUCUUUAAUUUUGGUACUAGUCUUUGGAGCCGCUAGGGCAAAGGAAGCCUUUAUUUAUGAGUGACUACUGUAUAUUCAACAGUACUGCACACAGAAACACUACUACAUAGAUUUACCAAACUGCUCUGUAAAUUUGCUCUACUGGUUGAUUUUGUUUUUAACAUUUUCCAAUAAAAGAAACCAUCUAGCAUUC